AUGGCAAAAGGUGGAGCAUUUCAUACUUUUGGAUUUUCAAGUCCAAUAAUUGAAGCUGUAAGACAUAUUGGAUAUUCUCUUCCUACUCCUAUUCAGAGAAGAUGCUUCCCAGCAAUUUUAGCAGGUCGUGAUGUCGUUGCUAUGGCUAGAACAGGAUCUGGAAAGACAAUAGCUUUUGUCCUACCAAUGUUACAGAGAUUGGGUUGUAAACAUUCAACUAUUGUUGGCAUUAGGGGUUUGAUAUUAUCUCCAACAAGAGAAUUGGUUUUACAAACCUAUAGAGUGGUUCGUAAAUUUGCCAUUAAGACAGAUAUUAGAAUUUGUACUUUAACAGGUGGAUCAUCUUUGGAUAGGCAAUUUGAAAACUUGUCUGGUAAUCCAGAUAUUGUUAUUGCAACCCCUGGACGUCUUUGUCACCAUAUUGUUGAAGCAAAGCUAUCUCUCUCUGCAAUUUGUAUGAUAGUUUUAGAUGAAGCCGAUAGACUGUUUGAAACAGGUUUAAUGCCACAAAUAGAUGAUAUAAUGAAGAUUAUACCAGCUAGUAGACAAUGUAUCUUAGUAUCUGCAACAAUGCCUACAGGUUUAGUAUCUUUUUCUCGUGCAAAGCUUGUUGAACCAGAGUUUAUUAGGCUUGAUUCUGAUCAUUUGAUCAGUGAUACUCUCAAACUUAUAUUUAUAUUUACAAGAGAAGAUGAUAAAUUAGCAACAUUACUAUAUCUUUUGAGAGUUACAAUACCACAUAAUGAACGUGUUAUGGUAUUUUGUGCAACAAAACACCAUGUUGAAUAUCUAGCUAAGAUUUUAACAGAAUGCAAUAUAAAUAUAGGCUCAAUAUAUGGAAAUAUGGAUCAAGAUGCGAGGAAUGCUCAACUGAAUUCAUUUAGAAGAAAUAAGACUCGUGUUAUGAUAGUUACAGACAUAGCAGCCAGAGGACUUGAUAUACCAUUAUUGGAGAACGUAAUAAAUUUCGAUUAUCCCUUAAGUGCUAAAUUAUUUGUUCAUAGAACUGGUAGAACUGGAAGAGCUGGAAAGAUGGGUAAAGCUUUUUCAUUAGUAACUGCUAGAGAUUUACCAUAUACUGUUGAUUUGAUGCUAUUCCUAGGUCUCAGAGUAUCUACUUUAACUAAUAAAACAAAGGACCCAAAUAUACAAGCUACAGAUAUCUCUAAUAUUGGAGAUAAAGACAACAAUAUAACUUUGGAAUCUGAAAAAGUGGAAGAAAAUUUAUUAAAAGAUACUGAACUUAAUUUCAAGUCAAUAAGUGAAGAUUUAUGCAAUAAAAUAUAUGAGCAGUCAGAAUAUAAUUUUGUAAAGACAUAUUCUUUGAAUACAGGAGAUAUGUGUGAUAAAUCUGACUUUAAAUCUAAGAGUCAACCUUAUAUUACAGAUACACUUAAGAUACAAACUGAACAGACUAAGAAGAAUGAAGAGUCUAAAAAAAUGAACUCAAAAGACAUUGUAUUAAUUGCAGGUACACCAGAUUUAACUAUGGAAAUUGAAACUAUAGAUAGAAUUCUUACUGAAAAUGCAGAAAUUGAACGAAAUAGAAGAUCUAUGACUGCUGCAUAUGCCUUAUAUUUAAAAUCUAGACCAUCAUCUUCAAGAGAAAGUGUUAAACGCUCUAAGCAAUUAUUAGAUGAGUGCGGAGGAGCAUCCAGGCUUCUAAUGACUGUACAUCCUGAUUUAACUAGAGAUACAAAUAGUGGAGAUAUUUUAAGUAAUUUAAAUACUGAAGAUCCUAUGCUAUUUCAUCUUAAAAAGUUUAGACCAACUCAUUCCAAGGUUUGUCCUAGUAAUAAAUUAUUAAUUCCAGACAAAAAUAUUGGAAAAGUAACACUACAAUCUGCUAUUAAAAUGGAAAAACUUAAAAUAUCUUCUCAAAUUGGAAGAGAUUUGUCAUUAACUGAAGAUUUAGAUUAUAGAAAUUUAUCAGAAAUCCUUGAGGAGGAAAAAAUAAAUCAAAAUAAGGAAUUGGAUAUUCCUAAACAAUCUCUUGCAAUUCAUAAACGCCGUAAUCCUUGUAGAUCUGGUCAAUCUAGUAAAAGUAAAGAAGAAAAUAAGCAGUUUUUUAUUCCAUAUAAAGUCGACAAAAUAUCAGAUAUAAAAGAAUCUGCAUUAUCAAUAGAAGCAAGCUCUUUUGAUAUUAAUCCUGAUGAAGAUGCUGACCUAAGAAAAACUAAAUAUGUUAGGAAGUGGAAUGCAGCUAAGAAACGUUAUCAGUUAAUACAAAAGCCAGAACCAGGUUCAAUUAAGAAACACAAUGAAAGUGGUGUGAUUGUUCGUGGAAAAUUGAAAUGUCAGGGUCAAUACAAAAAGUGGAUGGCAAAUAGUAAUAUGAAAAUUCAAUCUGUAGGAGAAUUAGAAGAUGUCAAAUUUCCUGCAAAAAGAAUGAAGAAAUCUCAACUUUCUGAACCUGAAUUUGAAGAUAUUUCAGAAAAUAAUGUAUUACCUAUAGUAGGAGAUAAACAUAAAGGUUUGGUUGAAGCCAUAAAUAAAGGUAUAAAAUUGACGCAUAAGCAGACAAGAACUGCAAAACGUUUAGAACUUAUAUCCUCUUCUAAAAAUAGUUUAGAAGUGAAACAAUAUUCAGAACUAAGAACUCCUCAACAAAUAUUGAAAAGCCGCAGACAACAAUUUAAGAAUAAACUUAAAAAUAAUCCAUUAUUAAGACGCAAAAAUUCAAUUAUAUCCAAUAAGGAGUUCCAUGAAAAAAAUUCUGUGAAAAUUACUCAAAAGGGGAGACCAAAUAGAAGUAUCUUAUUAGUAAGACAAAAAGUGAAUAAAAGCCAGACCAUAAAAAGUGUUAGAAAGAUACAUUAG